ACAAACCCCACGCUUUGUCGACAACAAAACAAAAUCUCUUUAACCUCAUCUCUCUCUCUCUCUCUCUCUCUCUCUCUCUCUCACUACACAGCUUUAAUUGAACCCCCCCUAAAACUUCAAUUCCUCUCUCUCUAUAUCUUCACCAAACAUAUUUACACAGAAACUACAAUCUUGAACUUGUUCUUGCCAUAAAUUCUUUGUAAAAGCUGGAGCUUUUUGGUGAAUUCUUAUUGUACUUUUUCUGGGUUUUUGAUGAACUAAAUAACCCAGAAAGGAAUUUCUGAUUCUUUAUCUUGUUGGUGAGUUCAUACCAAAUUUGUCCUUUUUGGGUCUUUUGCUCUGUUUUCUGCCUGAUGAAUUGGCCAUUUCUUGCAAAAUUUGUCCUUUUUUGCAAAUUUUAGCUCUGUUUUUACUGUGUUUUCUCCUUGGUGAAUUGGUCAUUUCUUGCAAAGUUUGUCCCUUUUUGCAAAUUUUAGCUCUGUUUUUACUCUGUUUUCUGUUUGGUGAAUUGGUCAUUUCUUGCAAAGUUUGUCUUUUUUUGGACUUUUUAUCUCUAUUUUCUGUCUUGUAAAUGUAAAUGGGGCCUGUAUUUUGUUAGUCCAAUUAAAGUACACAUUUCUCUUUGUUCUUUAAUUCUGAUUUAUUGGGAAAUUUUGAAUCUUUUUUUCAAGAAUCUUGAGAAAUCUUGAGUUUUGAUUUCAAGAAAUUAUCAAAGCCUUUGUUUUAACUACUUUUUGGCCCUUUUUUUGUGUAAAUUUGUGACAAUGUUACAAGAUGAUGGUUCAUCAUCAGUGACCUCAUCAUCACCUCUUCAGAAUUUUCCAAUGAUGUCACUUUCACCUACUUUUAAUUCACCGUACAAUUGGCUCAAGGAGUUGAAAUCUGAGGAAAGAGGUUUAUAUCUAAUUCACCUUUUGCUCACUUGUGCUAACCAUGUAGCUGCUGGCAAUCUUGAGAAUGCUAACAUUGCACUUGACCAAAUCUCUCAAUUAGCUUCUCCUAAUGGAGAUACAAUGCAACGAAUCGCCUCGUAUUUCGCUGAGGCGCUUGCUGAUAGGAUACUGAGAUCUUGGCCUGGUAUUUAUAAGGCCUUGCAUUCGACUAAGUUGUCGAUUGUAUCAGAAGACAUACUGGUCAAGAAAAUGUUUUUCGAGUACUUUCCGUUCAUGAAAGUAGCUUCUUUGAUCACGAAUCAAGCGAUCAUCGAAGCUAUGGAAGGAGAAAAGAUGGUUCAUAUUGUUGAUCUCAAUGCUUCUGAACCCCUUCAGUGGCGCGCGCUGCUUCAGGAUUUGAGCGCGCGCCCUGAAGGACCGCCCCAUUUGCGGAUUACGGGGGUUCAUCAGCAAAAGGAAGUGUUAGAGCAAAUAGCACAUGUUCUAACAGAAGAAGCUGAAAAGUUGGAUAUCCCUUUUCAGUUCCAUCAAGUAGUUAGCAAAUUGGAAAAUCUUGAUGUUGAAAAACUACGAGUUAAAACCGGGGAGGCAUUGGCGAUUAGUUCAGUUAUGCAAUUGCACACUCUUCUUGCACAUGAAGAUGAACACCAAAAGAAAUCUCCUUUGGGUCUCAAGCAUAUGAAUGGCCUUCAUUUGCAAAGGGCAUUACUCAACCAAAAUACUUUAGGGGACUUGCUCGAAAAGGAAACAGCUAAUGUUUUUAGUCCGGGAAAUGAAUCGGCAUCUUCAUCUCCGCUAUCUCCGACUGCAUCAGCAAAGAUGGACGGAUUCCUCCACGCGUUAUGGGGUUUGUCUCCAAAGGUCAUGGUGGUCACAGAACAAGAUUCGAACCACAAUGGAACGACCCUUAUGGAAAGGCUAUCCGAGUCAUUGUAUUUUUACGCUGCAUUAUUCGAUUGUCUUGAGUUCACACUACAGAGAACGUCAUUAGAGCGAUUAAAGGUUGAGAAAAUGCUAUUCGGCGAGGAGAUCAAGAAUAUCGUAGCGUGUGAGGGAGUCGAGCGGAAGGAAAGGCACGAAAAACUGGAUAAGUGGUUUCAAAGAUUCGAUGGAGCCGGUUUCAAGAAUGUGCCUCUGAGUUAUUAUGCAAUGUUGCAGGCAAGGAGAUUGUUGCAGAGUUAUAGUUGUGAAGGAUACAAGAUUAAAGAAGAGAAUGGUUGCGUGGUAAUUUGUUGGCAAGAUCGCGCUCUUUUUUCAGUAUCUGCUUGGAGAUGUAGGAGGUGAGAUUUAGACCAAGUAUUACAAUCAAGGGGAAUUUGAAUUGUUUUUUCUUCCCUUCUCUUUUGUAAUGCACUUUGUAGGAAGGAACUUUUGUGUAGUGAAACUUGUCAUGGAAAUUGUAAUCUUUCUAAUAGUCUUGUUGUUGCCCUCUUUCUUUGUAUACAGUUUCACAAUAUGUUUUAGUUCCCUAAGGUAACAUAGCAUUCUGAUUGUCCCUAA